CAGACAUGAACAGGCACUACCUGCGCGAGGCUCCCGACUCCUCACUAGUGGCCGAGUGACGUCACGACCACCACCGCCCUGCAGAGUCAGUGAUUUCAGCUGAUGGAGCGGCAGCGGCCUGUACUGCUAUGGUUUUUCUUUUAGGCUGGCGCCCCUAGAUUUUUAGCUGGGCGGAAGACGCGUUGUUGGGCGUUCGACUUCUCAGGGAUGUAUUUUCCGCGCGCGUGAUUUUGUAUGCUGAAACGAAGUCCUGGUGGGCCAGCAGCGGGAUUUUCAGGACCUUUUUAGCGAGUCCAGCACGCAGGAUACGCCCGCUGUUCCCAGCUCACGUUGAUUUUUGCAGUGAAGUGACAAAGAAGCGACACAGGCACACGAGAAUGUCAUUUGAGGGGGAAAGAUCCAACAGUUAGUGAGCCUUUUCUUUUUGCUGACCGCAGGGCAGAUGAAUGUGGAGAGUGACAGUUUGAAUGUUGCAGGUUGUUUGAUGCUUAUUUAAAGUACAGCGUGCGCUCACACGAGCACGAGUGAGGAGAAUCGCAAUGGAAGAGCUUUGCGGUUGGGGACUGCGAAUCUUUGUCGGAGCGUUAGUAAGUGUUGAACUGCUGGACUGAUUCGCCGCUUUUGUGUUUAUGCCUACAGGCAUGAAAAGCUGCCGACUAAAGUGUCAGUACUUGGCAGAAACGGCACGCGAGAAAGAUGCCCAACGAAGAAUGCAACUCGACAUAGCAGCUCCACACUCCCGCAUUAGAAUGGCUCCUUACAGUUGAAAGGCAAAAGUACUCGCCACUGAGGCUGCACUAGACAGGCCACACGCAUUUUAUUUAUUUAUACAUUUAAAAAAGCCUUUCGGGAACUGUCGUCCAGGAUGUCUAAAGUCACCACGAAAGAGAAGAAAUCGUUCAGCAAGAAGUUGUUUCGCAGGGGUUCGGUGAGGUCCGUGGGCAGUUUUAUGAGCAGGGUCCUAAAAACCCUCUCGACUCUCUCCCACUUCGGCACUGAAGAGCACGCGACCGAUGAAGAGAAGGACGACGGCGGCUUUUCGUCCUUUACGACGGGCGGGAGGAGCUCUGUGAAAUCUGACGGUGACGAGUGCCAGGGCUUCCUCUUCAGUGGGGACCGGAUUCCCGGCGUGGCAGGACUAAAGAACCAUGGUAAUACCUGCUUCAUGAACGCCAUCCUGCAGUGUCUCAGCAACACCGACCUCUUCGCCGAAUAUCUCGCCCUGGAGCAUUAUAGAGGGGAGGAGGAGAACGACGAACAGGCCAAAUCCAACGGGGUGCUGUUCGAGAAAAAAACAACCCUCGACAGAGGGGAGGUCACGGAGCAGCUGGGUCGCCUUGUCCGUUCAUUGUGGACAUUUGAAUACACCCCACAGCAUAGUCGAGAAUUCAAAAGUAUUGUAUCAAAGAAUGCUUUGCAGUACCGGGGAAAUGCUCAACAUGAUGCUCAGGAGUUUUUAUUAUGGCUUCUUGACUGUGUUCAUGAGGACUUGAACAAUUUUAUAAAUCCGAAUGGACGACCUCAGAUAAAACCUCCAUUAGAAGAAGAUGCGGCAUCAGAAGGGCCUUCUCUUCCAGUUACAAGCUCGUUUAUUCAAGAGCUUUUCCAGGCACAGUACAGAUCUUCGUUAACAUGUCCUCAUUGUCAGAAGCAGAGUAACACUUUUGACCCAUUCCUUUGCAUCUCCCUGCCUAUUCCAUUGCCUCACACCCGGCCUUUGUAUGUGACAGUGGUUUACCAAGGCAAAUGUUCGCACUGCAUGAGAAUUGGAGUGGCAGUACCUCUUUCCAGCAAAGUAUCCAGGCUACGAGAUGCUGUGUCAAUGGAAACAAAAAUCCCUACUGAUCAAAUUAUAUUGACAGAAAUGUUUUAUGAUGGGUUUCAUCGGUCAUUUUGUGAUGAUGAUGAUGACUUGGACAGCAUUCAAGAAAGUGAUUGCAUUUUUGCAUUUGAAACUCCUGAGAUUUUCAGGCCUGAUAAAAUUUUAAGUCAAAGAGGGCUUCAAUCAAACUUAAAUCAGAACAACUUAAAAUAUUGCUUGGAGCAAAACAGAACAGCUUCAUACAUGCAUGGAGCAGGGAAGUCUUUGAUAACUUCAAAUAAGAAUACAGGAAAUGAGAAGUUAAUUAUACUGGUCUGCAACAGAGCCUGCAGUGGUCAGCAAGUACGAAGGUUUGGUCACCCUUUUGUAUUGCAUUUGGAGCGAACUGUAACAUGGGAUGUGCUUCAGAAAGAAAUUUUGGAAAAAAUGCGACAUUUGUUAAGGCCUGGUGUGUUUAUUCAGGUUGGUCCUUUUAGCUUGCGUGUCGUUGGUGUUGUAGGAAUUACUUAUCUUCUACCUCAGGAAGAGCAACCUCUGUGCCACCCAACUGUGGAAAGGGCAUACAAAUCAUGUGGACAAGGAGGACCUCCUCAUGUAAAGAUAAUUGUAGAAUGGGACAAAGAAACCAAGGACUAUUUAUUUGGACACACUGAAGAUGAAUAUGUUCCAGACUCUGAGAGUGUACGACAGCAGAGAGAAAUUCACCACCAGCCUCAGGCUUGCACAUUAACACAGUGUUUCCAGCUGUACACUAAAGAGGAGCAGCUUGCCCCUGAUGAUGCGUGGCGAUGUCCUCAUUGUAAAAUGCUGCAACAGGGCAGCAUUAAACUGAGUCUCUGGACAUUGCCUGAUGUUCUUAUACUGCAUUUGAAAAGAUUCAGACAGGAAGGGGACAGGAGGGUAAAAAUGCAGAACUUGAUUAAAUUUCCCCUGACUGGCCUGGAUAUGACUCCACAUGUAGUAAAACGCAGCCAAAGCAGCUGGAGUUUGCCUUCUCAUUGGUCACCAUGGCGGCGUCCAUAUGGACUUGGAAGAGACCCUGAAGAUUAUGUGUAUGACUUGUACGCUGUUUGUAAUCAUCAUGGGACAAUGCAUGGAGGACAUUAUACAGCCUAUUGUAAGAAUUCAAUUGAUGGGCAGUGGUACUGUUUUGAUGAUAGUGAUGUUCAACCGAUCUCUGAUGCUGAAGUAUGCAAGCCAGUGGCAUAUAUCUUAUUUUACCAGCGAAGAACUACCAUUCCGUCUUGGUCUGCAAACAGUUCUGUAGCAGGCUCAACAAGCUCUUCUCUUUGUGAACACUGGAUCAAUAGAUUGCCUGGGAGCAAACCACCCAGUGUUGCCUCUGCUGCAUCUUCAAGACGUACUUCAUUGGCUUCACUGUCGGAAUCAGUUGAAUUUACAGGAGACCGAAGUGAAGAUGAUGGAUUCUCAACUCGUCCUUUUGUGAGAAGUGUUCAACGACAGAGUCUAUCAUCCAGAUCUUCAGUUACAAGUCCUUUAGCAACAAAUGAAAAUGGAAUCAAGCCAUCUUGGUCAUUAUCUGCCAAAUUACAGAUGAGAUCUAACUCUCCAUCAAGAUUUUCUUUAGAUUCAUUUUCCUCCUCCACCUUAGAAAGAAUAGGUGAAGCUACAGAUGACAAAGUGUCCACUUCUUGUUUUGGAAGUUAUAGUAAAUAUGAGCACAAGACAAGUGGUAAAGCACCACUUGCUGUGAUGGAAGGUGUUAUGAGAGAAGAAAACCUUAAUAGAUCUAACACAAGCCUUGAGGACACUUUUUGUAAACAUUCAUCCCAGAUAGAGAAGAGAAUGUCCAAAAUGGAUUCUGAAGACAAUAACAAUCGGAUAACAUCUGUUGAUCAAAGCCUUUCUGGCCGAAGUUUAUCAACAAGAGAAUCAAAACACAGAAGCAAGCCAGGGCCAUCAAAUUACAAAAGCGAUAACGGAAAAAGAAACCCUACUAAGAUAGUUAAUGAGCAGGACAAAAGUUCAAAGAAAAGACAAAUAUCCUGUUCCACCCAAGGGUCCCCUGCUUCCCAAGCAUCUUCCAGUCCUUCAGUGAAAAGUUCAGCUAAAGCAUCUGGCUCUAAAGACAAAGCGGAAUCUUCCAAAGUUGGUAGUCUCAAACCUGCUUCGUCUAUGUCCCAUUCCAAAAAGGAACACACUCAACACCAGGAAGGUAGUCACUUGAGUAGUGGUCAGCAGAAGCAGAAACACCCCUCAAAACUCAAGUCCUCUUCAACUUUACCAGUUGUUACUAAAACAUCAUCUUUGGGUUCUACUAGUUCCUCUGGGAGAAAUAAGAUGAUGGAAAAGAGCCAGAGCAAAGAAUCUUCUCUAGUGAGCCCCCAUCUUGAAAAGCCAGGUGGGGUAAGUGCUUCAAAAGCAAGCAGCAGUGCAAGAGCAUCUGUUAUCAAAUCAAGUGAUAGCAGUAGAAUAGAGCGAAGGCCUGUGAGAAGCUCCAGUAGUAGUAGUUCUGUAACAAGCCUUCGAUCACCCAGUGUUUCUUCCAAGACGGAUCUCAGAAGAAACAGCAAAUCUGAGGACAAAGGAUUAUCAUUCUUCAAAUCAGCACUCCGGCAGAAGGAGACUCGUAGGUCAGCAGAUUUUGGUAAAACAAGUAUUUUGUCCAAGAAGUCCACAGAUGGAAUUUCUAAAUCCACUACUAAGAAUGGUAUGGAUGUAAGUGAUGGAACUUGUAAGACUAGUCAAAUUAUAUCUAGUGAAUUACACUCGGCAAAGUUUUCAGCAAAAGAGAAACAAGCAGUCAAGGCGGGUACCCUUGUUACACAAUCUCCAGUUUCUUCAAAUAAAUCCAAGUCUUCCAAUUUGGAAACCAGUGCUUCAUUACUAAGUGAGAGAAAGAAACAACCUGAGAAAUCAUCAACUAGAAAACUUUCAGCUAGCAUGCAAUCAUCUGCACAGUCGACCCAAAAGGCUCAAUGACUAUUUGCAAAGAAUUUGUUUAUUCCUGCAAAGUAAUGUUUGUUUUAUUUUUUUAUGUGCCUAAUUUAUUUUUUUCUGAAAAAAUACAUAUUGUAAAUUAUUCAAUGCCUUUUUUUCUUUCCAUCAAGCCAAAUGUUUGCCAUUUGGCAAGAUCUGGUACAAAGUCUUCUACAGUAAAUGAAUAUCUGUACAGAAAUGUGGUAUAGCAAAGCACUUUGUUUAGAUGUAGUCAUUGUUUUUUCCUUUUUCAUUGAAGAAUGCUUCAUAUUGGAUGCAAUACAUUUUGAUGUAAUUUUAGCCUUGCUUGUGUAGCAUGCUUUGGGGAAUUGUCUUUGGGCACUAUUUUCUUUUUUUUUUUAAGUUGUAAAGAGUUUAGGAGUACUUUUAAAAUAGUGUAAAAUCUAUAUUUCAAAGUAAAAUGUAAAUAAAAUAUGAGACUGAUCUUUGUACAAAAUUUCUAGGGUAAUGUUUGAGUAGAUUAGUUGGCACUGGUACUGAAACUUGAGUUGGGGAAACAGUGAUUUCUUAAAUGUCUUUGUAUAGUUUUUAUUUUUACUUAACUGCAAAUUGAGAACAGUAUAUUCUGUUAGAAUGCACUGACAAAAUAUUUGCUAUUCUUUAAAGGAUGUUUUUAAUGGAAGAAGAGCACAUUUAAAAUGUAUUGACUAAGAUGUGAUUAGUUGUGUUAGUUUGAGUAUGAAAGUUAUGUUUCUCAUUUAAGAUAUUCAUUUGUUUAUAAACCACAAAACAGAUUUUUCUGGAGGGUUUGUACAGAUUUCUUUCAACAUACAUGCACACUUUCUUUGGAAUCAGUUUUUUUGCAUAUAAUUAAUACACCACUUAAGUAAAAUCUAAAUUCAAGGUACAUUUGAAUUGUGAGUGAAGUGGCACAUUAUUUUAUUAUUUAGAAAAUUUGAUUUGUUCCUGCUUUACUUUUUUUUAACACAGCACAUACAUCCUAGUGUAAUAUUUCACAUGUCACUGUACAUGAGAAAGUGUCAACAGUGCAAAACAAAAUAUUUGUAUAUAGUAUAAAAAGUAAAUACCUGACAAAGUGAGGUUAGAGGAUACCCCUUUGCCUUAAUGUUUAAAAUUAAUAUUUUAAUAAGUAGAAGUUUGUUUUUGAGCCACUGUGCUGCUGUCUUAUCCCAGUUGUAUCACUGUCCUCCACCAUGAUUCUGUUGCCUAAACAUAAAAACUAACAUGCACUGUGACCUUAUGAAUCAGACAAAGAGAGGAGGAAGAUUUGAUACAAGUUUAAGAGGUAGUCAGUAGAGGAAUGUAUACUUUAUUUGUUGUUCACUUUAAUUCCAUCUGCACUCAUAUCUGUGUUGUUUUAAUGCUAACACAUAGUGUUCUGUAAAGUUUUGCAGUAAUACACCAUGUCUUCUCUAGGCCUUUACCUGUUUUAGAUACGUUUGCAAGUAGUUAUGUUGAUUUGAAUCUGAAUUUUGAAAAUGUGUUUAGCUGAUUGCUGCCUUUGAACAUUUAUGAGUGAAAAACCUCAACACAAAUUCAUGUAUCUAGUAGUAUUCCGCAUUUAUUAGAUUAUAAAUUUUGCCACACAGAUAUAGUGUUUGGUAGUAUUGUUUAAAGUAAUGAUCUAGGAGUAACAAAUUAGCCUAGGCAGAAACUUAAAUAUGACUGAAGCUAAGGUUAUCUUGCUGAAGUAGGCAAGGAAAAAUGCAGUUUUGAUUAAUUUGUAUUUGCAGUGUUUUAAUGAUCAAACUUUUUGUGGACUUCAAAGAGGUAGAUAAAGUUUGGAGGGUGGGGAAUUUGGCAUAAGUGCAAUGCACAUUAAAUACAUCUGUUUCAUCUCUGUUACAAAAAGGUGCUUGGAAAAAAAAUCUCAGGAUUUGUUUAAAUGAACUACAAUGAUAAAUCCCUCAGCAUUUGUUUAAUAUUAAGUAAUGUUAGUCUAUUAUAGAGAUAACAUAUUUUUAAGUGAUGCAGAAAACAUUCAUUUUUAAGCACUCUGUUUUCCACUAAAAAUCAAUGCAUAAAUUUUGGUAUUUGUAAAUUGUUUUGCUGGCACAAGUUCAGGUGCAUUUAACUUGUUUUGAUUUUAUUUAAAGAUUAUAGUUUUAAUGAGCACUUUAAUAAUUAAUUAACUCUAGCAAUGAUUUAAAAUCAUUGACAUUUUUUAUUAUCUAGCUUUUUGUAUUGUUGUUAUUUAAUUUCAAAACAAUAUUAUAACACUAAACCGUAAAUUGAUUUGCAUCCUUGAAUAAUGUAAAGGUAAUGUGAUUGUCUGAGUGAAUGAGUGGGAGUUGUUUUAUUAGUCAUUGUUCUCUUUCCGUUUUUAAAAGGUAAGAAAAAAUAGGCGAACAAAAUAUUAAAAUGUAUCAAAUUGCAGAGAUCAAUGAACAGCAGAAUACAAUAGUCACCGUCUGAUUAUUUUGCACUUUAGCGGCAGAGAGCUAUUUUUCUAAAAGCAAUCUUUUUUUUUUUUUUUAAAUAUAUUUGCUUUUACAUUUUUCUAAUAUGAAAAAUUGUGUUUAUUAUACCAGUAAUAUUCCCACAUUUAAAAAAAAAAUGCCAAAUCUCUUUCAGUCUCUUAGCAUAAAGACAUGUACAUUUACACUGUUUUAGGAAAGGCGUAAGACUGUUGUCAUCUGCUUACAUAAAGCUGUUUCACUUGCAUGACUAAAUGUUAAUUGGGCUUUCUGCUUCCUCAACAUUGUUUCAGCUGUAAAGUGCUCUUUCUCCAUUAGUAUAGGCAUAUUGUGGUGUUCAGUGUGUUCCUGUGGCAUACAUUUAAAAUUGAGGGAGAUGCAGCAUUGGUCAAUCAUUGUAAAAACGGUACAUUCAAUAGCAAAACAGUAUAACAAGAUGUGGUUAAACUAUGCUAGCUAUACUUAAAUCUAUAAUGAUGUGUAAGGUUUCAGUUUUUAAAUUAUCCUCUGCCCUUUUAACAAGUGCAAAUCAGCCAUUUUAGCAUAAAAAUGUACUCUAAAGAACUUACCUUGGCCAUAAAAACAAGUGAAGCACAAACAUAUUUGUACAGUGUGUGACUGAACUUGUUCCUUGAGAUUCUGUGGGAUAUUUCACAUUACAAUUGCAAGUGAAGGAAUCAGUAUGUCUAAUACAUUUUCCAUUAGUUUUAAUUUAAAACUUGUCACUUUUCCCUUCUUUUGAACUUACAGAUUUAUUUAUUUAUAUUUAUGUACGCUGUGUGUGUAUACAUUUUUUCAGGUUCAGUGGUCAGAUGAAAAUUUACACUGAGGCUUUUCUUAAGUUUCCACUUUUUUCUGAGCAUUAUUUUAAGACAAAUUUGAAUAUGUUUAUUGUUACUUGACAUUUUUAGCAAUAAGUGGCUCCCUUUGUGCCCUUUGAGAAUACUGGGAGCACUUCUUUCUGGUGUUUGUUGGGGUUUAUAUGUAUUUUCAUUAAUUACUAGCCUUGUUUGGCAGGCCUACCUCUAUAAACAUUUAAUGAAACGUGCUUAUUCAGAUAUGUUUAAAAAAAAUAAUAGUACAUGUGUGUAUGCUAUUGAGUUUUUAUUAUGCACUGCAUUGCUCCACUGACCUAUCCCCAAUUUAUGAUUAGUGUACAGUGUUUAGCACUGCAUCCUCACAGAUCAAAUCCUAAGCCCUGAGAUUGCCUGUAUGGAUCUUGCACACUUUCAAUGCGUCUGCAAGGUUUUCUCUCUCAUGCCAAAAUGACAUGUAUUAGGUUAAUUGUCCCCAUGUUAUUUCGGAUAUGUGUCACACCCAGAAUUUUUUUUCCUGCCUUGAUCCCAGUUCCACAAGGAUGAGCGGAACUAGAUAAGUAGGUUAUAAAAUGUAUGGAUAGAUAUAGUAAUAUUGUAAAGGAAAUUAGGUACAAUAAGAAUAAAUUAAAUCUUUCCUUUAUUAUUUACCAUAAAUGCUUUUAAUUACAUAAAUGGGUAUUUUAUUCAGAUUAGUAAGUUCCCUCAAAGUUAAAAACACUAAACUUGUCAUCCUUUAGUUUUUGUUGGUCCUUGGUUAUUUUGUUGAUUGUUCUCAAGAUACAUUUAUCAUUGACAGAAUUCUUAUGUAUAUGUACUGUACCAUAUUAAUUUCUGUAGAAAUGUUGUUUCUUAAAGUAUUAUGUUUACUUGGUUUAAACCAUAUUUUUGUGUUACCCAUCUUCUGUUUUGAGCCGCUGUGGAGGUGGGUAGUGUUGAUUUAACCUUUUAAUGCUAAAAAUGGCAGCUUGGAUUUUUGAAAAUCUAAAGAUCAAAUGGAGUAGUUUAGUGUCUAGAUUUGCCUUUUUUUUUUAUAAGAGCAGAUUCAGAUUCAGUCAUUCUCUGUUUUCUUCUCUUAAAAGCUGUGCUAUAUUUCUUUUUCACCAUUUUAAUUUAUGAUCUGAAAAUGAAUUCCAUUUUAAGAAUUCCAAAAACAAUUUUUGCAUGAUGCUGCUGUUGCAUGUAAUGAACUAUGCAAGCAAUUAUUACGAAUAUUGGCUGCACUAAGUAUAAAAAUGCAGGAAGCUUAAUGUAAAAAUCUAUUUUUUAUUCUAUUUUCAUAUGUCAGAUUAAUGUAAUUUGUUUUGCUUUAUUUGCACAUCAUUUUUAUGUAUUUUUUUCUGUUUGUAAGAUGGUUAUGUGAGAAUUUGUAUUAUUGCUGACAUGCCUGCAUGGCCUUUUGAGUGACCUCUGUACAGAAAACAAAGUUGGUUUUGUAAGUAUUUUCUUUAAAUAUUAUUUGUAAAUGGAUAGGCUAAAGCGUUUUUAACCACUUACAAUGUUUUGAAAUGUUUUUAAUCCUUUAUAACAACUUAUAAAGGUUUUCUUUUUGUAUAUAAAAUGACUUUUUCAUUCAGUUAUUGUAUAUAUUUAUUUACAGUUUAGUGAGUGUUUUAUAGAUUUAUAAUAGAUUUCAGAAACAUUAAGGAUUUCAAGCUACUGUACUGCAUCUGAUAUAAUGGUUGUCUGGUCUGUCCUUAACACAAAGGAAAAAUCAAGUUAAUUUCAUUUAAAUUUGUAUUUUCUUCUAUUGGUUAUGGUGACUUUAUCCUGGCAAGCAUACGUUAUAUGUUUAUGUUGUUUUUAAAUUGCUAAUUUAAUAAUGGGAGAAGCAAGGCAAAUUACCAUGUGAGAAACAUUCAUCCUAGGAUAUGUGAAAAAAUUUACUUGUUUUGUCAAUAAUACAGUUUAUGGAUUUCAUCAUUGUACCAUUCUUUUCUCAACUAUGCUAUAUAGCAGUCUUAUUCCCCAUUUUCCUUACGGCAUAUUCUAAAUCCUAAUUACACCUUGAAUAAAUAGGCUGAUUUAAUUUGCCUUAAAUUGCAAAUUAUGUGCACAUUGUACCAGGUGAAUUUAAGACCAUCUCAUAUCUAUAUAAUUCAUCAUUACCAUGUGAUGAUAAAAAAUAUAAACAUUAUUUGGCUUCACUUUUCUUUUGUUCCCCACUAGGAGUACUUUUGAAAAUGUAAAACAACAGACACUUUUGUGUUAAGUCACACUUUGCUUUUAUGACUUGGCUGCACAGUAUUAAAUGUGGAUAUUGUAUGUCUGCAUUACCUUUGAAUCAAAUGAUCAAAAUGCAUCACUAAAAAGGCAAUUUACAGAGCAAAGACCAAGCUAGAUAACAAUAUGAUUUCAAAGUAGGCUAAAAACACUCUUUAUUGCAGUGUUUGUGAUUUUUUAUCAAUGUACAUUUGCUUUUUACCAUGGGUCUUCACAAUUUAGAUUUUUUUAUAUUAGUUUAGCAUUAAGUAACUUUUUUUUGUGGCAUUUUAUUUUAAGUCAUCUUUCAAACCCUGUUUUAAAGACACACAGUUUCCACAUCACUGUGCAAAUUUUAGCAAGAGUUUAUGCAAAUCAUAAUUGUCUUCAUUUUGUUGCUUUUGACAGCAGACUGAUUAGUGUGCUUAUUACAGUGAUGAGUGUAUCUUGCAGUGUUGGUGCCUUUCUUAAUUUGAGUGGAUUAAAUUACCAGUGAAUUAAGGUAUUUGCUUUUGCUGCUAUAAUUUAUGUAAUUAUUUUUCAUUUUUCGAAACAUGGCUCUCAGUUUUUCCUUCAUUAAUAUACAAUGCAGGUGUUUUUGGGAAGCGUUUUAUUGAAUCUCCGCUAUGUCUCAAGACUUCUAUUUGAAUCUGAGCAGGGAUGGUGUGUCCAAAGUGUUGUCAUGUUUGACUUUGCUCCCAAAUUCAAGAGUACAUGCCAGGGAAUUGCCCAGUCUAAAGUUUAUUUCAAAAUCAUCUGCUUCACAUAAACUGUAGUCCUGUCUUGCACCUGUGACCUAAUAACACUCAAUAUGUAAUUUUAAUUAAACUCUUAAAAGUCUUUACUUUUGUUCCUUAUAUUACUUUGUGCACUGAGUAAUGAAUAGACCAAACUGACCUGUGCUGGAGCAUUAAAAUUUUUUUUUGAUUGUAUAAUUAUUCUGUUACUUUUUAGCGGGAGAUGCAGGUGGUGUUCCAGAUUGUUUUAAAAGAAUAAAUUUACAAUUGUAAAUGAACAUUUUUUUUUUUAGUUAGUGCAUGAGAUUUUAUGUGAAAGCCUUUUUUAUUUGUAUGUUUUAAAGUAUGAGGUGUAUGCACUUUUGAUAUGCAGAGGUUUUUUAUCAAUGUUAUUUGAAAGAAUGCAUUUUUGGAUACAUAAGGUAUAGAGUACUGAUGCAAGGAACAGUGAUGUAAUAAAAAAAAAAAAUAAAGAAGUGA